GGUAAGUCGCAUCACAUCUUUCUCAUCCCUCGCCAGCCAAUCCACCUCCUACCGCACCUCUGAACUCACCGCGAUGGCCCCCACGAUCACGGUUGGCGAUUCGAUCCCCUCGGGCACGUUCUCGUACAUCGCGUACGCUCCAGAGCUGGAAGACGCCUCUGCCUGCGGUAUCCCCACCAAGCUCUCGACCGACGAGUGGAAGGGCAAGAAGGUCGUGCUCUUCUCCGUCCCCGGUGCCUUUACCCCGACCUGCCAUGUCAACCACCUCCCCCCCUACCUCCAGAAGUACGACGAGUUCAAGGCGAAGGGCGUCGAUGUCAUCGCCGUGAUCGCGGCGAACGACGCGUUCGUCAUGAGCGGCUGGGCGCGCGCGGUCGGUCUCAAGGACAAGAUCGUUGCCCUUUCGGACCCGGAGGCCAAGUGGUCCAAGUCGAUCGGCCUUGACAAGGACCUCUCGGCUAUUGGCUUCGGCACCCGGACUGACCGCUACGCGAUCAUCCUCGACGACCUCAAGGUGAAAUACGUCGCGGUCGAGCCUGGAUCAGGGGUCUCCGUCUCCGGCGCCGAUGCCGUUCUGGCUGCUUUGUGAUAAAAGGGUGCUUAGAUCAACAAUGUACAAUUCAUAUAAAG